UCAGUCACCUGCUCAGUUCUCGCGCACUUCUCUGAUAUCACGCUCGAAAAUUUUCGGACUUUCCAAGAAGCUUUGAAAUAGAUAAAAACAACAGGGACGCCACUAUUACAACGCUGUUGCUUACCCACGCUACAUUCGAAAUUUUCAUAAUUUAUUGUAAAACCGAUUACAGGUCAUUUCGCCAGGAUCCUGAAAUCUUGAUAUUUCGAAGGAUGGACUCGACUGCUUCCCUUAUGGUCUCCCUCAUCACUCUUGUGAUGCAUCUACAAGUUCAGUGCAGUGCUCAGACUGUCAUCGCCAAGUAUGGUGCGACAAUCGAAGUGCCCUGCAACAAUGGAGCUGCCAUGCCAACCGACCUUAUCUUCACUAAAUGGAAAUACGAAAAGGACGAUGGUACUCCCGGGGACCUCCUGGUCAAGGCGGCCCACAAGGAGGAGGCCACGGUGCAGGCUACAGACGGCUACAAGACACGUGUUAGCAUCACGGCUAACUACAGUCUCCUCAUCAGCCAGGGCUCCCUCUCAGAACAAAGAACCUUCACCUGCAUGGUAGUGUCAAGUUCCAACCUUGACGAGUACUCUGUCAACGUCCAGGUCCACAAGAAGCCUUCACUACCUCAGAUACAGGACAAAGCAAAAGAACUUGAGAACACUAAGCUGACAGCAUUGGGAGUGUGUGUUGUGAAGGAUGCCAACCCAGCAGCAAACAUAACGUGGUCUAAAAACGGCGAGCCGCUGGUGGCUGAUGGGAAAACCAUCAUCGUCAGCUCCAAUGUGAAGGUGGACCCUGUGACCGGCUUGUCCAGCACCACCUCCAGUCUGCAGUACGCCGCUGUCAAGGCCGAUGUCGGAGCCCACUUCACAUGCUCCUCCAAGUACCUCCAGGACCUCCUGGUGUCGCCACCAGAGACCUUCACCAUCCACUACCCUACUGAGAAAGUAAGCCUUCUGGUGCAAGCUACGGGCCCCAUCAAGGAGGGAGACAACGUGACACUGAGGUGCAAAGCCGAUGGCAACCCCCCGCCGACUAGCUUCGACUUCUCCAUCAAGGGCCAGAAAGUGACUGUGAAAGACAAGGACACCUACAUUCUGACUGGUGUCACACGCAACAGUGCUGGAGAAUACAAGUGCUCGCUGCUCGGCGACAACAACAUAGAAGCUUCAGAAAAGCUGGUUGUGAGCUACCUGGAUCUCAGCCUGACUCCCUCUGGGACGGUUCUGAAGACUGUGGGGCACACCUUGGAGGUGACGAUGGAGAAGAACUCGUCGGGCGAUGCUGAAGUGUCCUGGACCAAGGACAACGCCAAACUGGAGAAGGCACCCACAUUUGGUCAGCUGACCUACGCCGAUAGCGGUGUCUAUGUGUGCGAGGUGGUGGUGGCGGGUAUCAAACGCAGCAAGUCCUUCCAGCUGGUGGUCGAAGGAAUCCCUGUAAUCACGAGAUUGACCAAGCAGCGCAGUGAGGAUGGCCAACACAAGGUUCUGACGUGCGAGGCGAUGGGAGCACCCCAGCCUGCUGUCCUGUGGAGUGUCAACGGCACAGAAGAGCAGAGCUCCUACCUCAACGGUAAGGCCGUCCACAAGAUCACUGUGGUGCCCACUGGAAACCUCACCGUCACCUGCACCGCCACCAACAAGCUGGGGGAGGACGUCAUGGUCAUCAACGUGUCUGCCUUAUUUAACAAGGAAACGUCUGAGAAAGGGACUCAGGAUGACGACGACGACCGGGCCAAGCUCAUUGUGUGGAUCGUGGUGGGCCUCCUCAUCGCUGCUGCUGUUGUUGGCUUGGUUUACUGGCUUUACAUGAAGAAAACAAGACAAGGAACAUGGAAAACAAACGAGAAAGAAGCGGGCACAUCAGAAGAGAGCAAGAAGCUGGAGGAGAACAACCACAAGCCUGAAGUGUAGAGACAGGGGAGCUCCAGGAACAAAGGGAAGAAGCGGUCAAGGAAGGACUUGACUCGUACACUAAGCAGUGCAACACAAUAUGAUGACUGGCCACCGACAACCCUUCAUCAGCCUUAUACGGAGCAGCCCGUAUCACAGAAUAGUUCCUAAUUCACACAAACUGUCCCCUCCCACCGCUAUCAUCCAUUGAUUUGUAGUCUGCACCUGAGACCGCCUCUCAAUUUGUAUUUAGUUUUUUUUCCUUGUGUUCCUGAUGAAUGCUCUUUUAUCUUCAGCUCAGGUGAAGUUGGUUUUAUUUUUGGCUUUUUUUUAUCAGAUAGUUAAGGUAAAAAAAAGAAGAAUGUAAAUUUCUUGUACACUUGGCCUGUAUUUUGUGGCGUACAUGUGCAACUUGACCGAGCCUGCUCUGUGCAUGAGUGCGCUCUAUGACUGCAAGGACAGAUCAUUUGGGGAGUGGCCUCCACACUGGAUCAGCCGCCUAGGCUCUCCCCCACCCAGUGUCCAGACUUCACUGCUGUUCACCCAGUGUUCCUCACAGCCUUGCCUGUUUUUCUAUGUAUAUUUUUCUAAUGUUGAACCUUACUGUAUCCCUCUAUUCUCACAGUUUUUUUCCCCAUGUCAAAAAACACAUUGCUGUGUCCAAUUUAAUUUAAUUUGGUUUGGCUGAGCAAUGCAUGAAUGCAGAUUUUUAUCAUGAUGGGAAGAUAAAAAAUGUUGAUAAUCCUUUUGAGGCAUUGGAUAUCAGUGUCUACGGUGUAAAUUUAAGGAAUUAAGUAAGCAGGAGACAGCUUCUUCUUCCAAUUAGUUUCAUGUGUAAGCAUAGACUGUAGUGUGUAACAGGUAAAUUGGUUGCGUGAAAGUAGAGUAUAGCAUUCAACACACUGAAUGCUAUACUCCAAGCUUACACCAAGCUAACAAUUUACUGCAAGAUACAAGCUGACCUUUUUUCUGACUGUUGAAUAUGAUUAAUGCAAGAUUUUUCGCAAAUCUCCAUAAUUGAAAAUAAUUUUGGAAUUAUCAAUCAGUUAUUCGGAUUGUGAAAAAUGCUUAACCCUUGUGUUAUCUUCGGGUCAUUCUGACCCAUCAGUCAUUGUGACCCACCGUCGUAUUGCGACAACUUUACCGCAUACAAAAACAAAGUGAAGCAUUUUCUUUUAACCGUUGGGCUGUCUCAGACCCCCCACAUUGCGAAGGUUAAAAGAAAAUUAUUUUUAUUUGUUUUUGUAUUGGGUAAAAUUGGGUAAACACAACGAUGGUUCGUUAUGAACCUUUGGGUCAUGUGACCCGAAGGCAGCACGAGGGUUAAGUGUUGAAUGAAAAUUUUACUUGAAAUAUUGUUGACAGAGCUGACAUUUUUCCUCUCUGCAUCUCCGUUUUAAAAUCAUAGAUAGCUGUACAGUUCUGACACUGUCUUGAUUGUGCCUCUGAUUUGUUUCAGGGCGAAGCUGUGUUGACAUUACUUACUGUAUGGUAGUCUACACCGUGUCCGUUUAGACUCACUGUCCUGCGUGUGAUCAUUUAGCCAUUUUGUGUGUUUGUAGCAGACCUGGGUUUAAUAGUAUUUGACUUUUAAAUUAUUUGCUUGCUGUAAUCCAUCUGGAAAGCCUGAAAGGUGAAGUUUUAGACCCCUUCCACUGGUUCAGGUGAGCAAGGGAAGUUUCAUCCAACAGAUAUGGCACUGUAUUUGAUAAAGCCUCCAAAUAUGAUUUAGCCUAGGCUUGUAGUUAGCAGUACUCAUGGUUCCUUUCCCUCAUUCCAGGUUCACUGUAAAUACGUCUGUUGUGAAUGUUCUGCUUGUGAUUUUGAUCUAUUUAUCCUGUGUGAGACAUGCCAGGUCAGCUGAUAUUAGGCAAGCUUACGAGGUAGACAUACAUAAGGUUUGAUUUCAACCUCCAACACACUGUUUUUAUUCUUAUGAAAGGUACUGUUUGGAGCUACAUAGAGGGAAAAAAAGCUGUGCAGUGUAUUUUCCAUGUGUGCUUUUUUUGUUGUUCUUUAAGGUCUGAGGGACUAUUUUAUUGGUCAAGAUGAUGGUUUGUGUUUGAUUGGCAAAUUGUUCUCAUGCAUUUAGUUCCUUUACAACCGUCAGGGCAGCAGUGAAACCAAAGAGGGUAAGAUGAGAAGGCCAUACAAGUAUUGUAAAUAAAUACUUUUGUUUUUCUACUUUUGUUGAGAAUAAAGUGUACAGUUUGAAGAAAAGUGUUUUUGCCAGGUGUUCCCAUACCCUCUGAAAAGAAGGGCCCGCAAUAAGUUUUUUUUUUUGCCAUCUCAAGAAGAGUGAACAAAUCAACCGGAAGAGUUGUUUGUGUUUCAGAAAUGUUUACCUGUAGCACACAAAGCAUAAAUAACAUAUGCACAGUUUCAUGUUAAUACUGGCUUUUAUAAAACAUUAAAAAACACGAACAAAUUAAUGUUUACAUUAUUUACUGAACAAUGGAAAUGAUAAAAAGGCGUUUUAUAAAAUAUAAAUUAAUUGCACAUCACUAUUCUGUACAAGUUUCCGUGUGGCAUUUUUAUCUAAUGUAAUCUCAGGAAAGAAAAUAAUACAGGAACAAGUUAAUAUCCCUUGUAACUUAACCAAGGCCUCUACUACCUAAAACAAUUAUCUAUAUAGACCAGUGCAAAAUUAAGCUUCAAGUUAAACAUUUAUGAAAAACAGUUGACAGAAACUAAAUGUAGCUUUGUGAUGGUAUCUAAAGGCCUUCUUUUUAAGAGCACUUUCAUUCAAUGUUCAAAGGUCAAUACCUGACCUCUCGACGUCUUGCAAAGCUAUUUUUCAUUCUAAGGUUGAUGUGGACACAAUGGCAAUUUGUCGAUGUUUGAAUUAUCUUGGUUGGAAAACACAAUAGCCCCACUGUUCCUUACCUAGUCUAACUUUUAAUGAUCAGAUACAGAGAACAAUCCCAGAGAACAAUUCUAAGCAACUUCACCCUAGUUUCCACUUCAUAGCACUGGAACUGAUAUUCUUUGCAAUUACUUUGUAGUCACGCUUCAUAUUCUGCUUGUGGCUCAAGUGACACAGGGACUUGAAC